CUGAAAACAAGAUUUAACAAUAAUUAACAACAUUGAUUAUGGCGCUCAAGUGUGAUAUUUGUGAUAAAACGUUCAGUAGCAGAAGUUCCCUGGGAAGGCACCAACGUGAGGUUCACGAAAUAGACGAAUUUAGAGGUUAUUCGUACAAUAAUUUCGCUAACAAAUGUUUGGAAGGUUGUAAGGUUUCGUUUAAAUUAGUGGACGACUUGAGGAGUCACUUACAAACUAAGCACAACUUUGAGAUGGUUUGUACCGAACUCGAGUUUACUUCAGAGGAUGAUUUUAAAAGCUUUCUAAAUAACUUAGUUUACACCGAAAAAGCGCAAUAUGUUUUAAGUUCCAGUAAACGGAUAAUAUUAGAGAACAAUCAUUACGACAAACGCUAUUACCUAUGCAAUAGAAGCGCUCGAAAUGCUGCAAAACCAAGAAUUACGGAAAAAUGUACAACAUCCAAUGAAACUUACAUAAUGAAUACAACGUGUACUAGUCAAUUAGUGGUUUCGAAAUGCAUAGAAACCGAUUUUUUUAACGUAACUUUUUUCAAAACUCAUUACGGACACGAUUUACAAUUGGAACAUUUGCACUUAACCAAAGUAGAGAAGAAACAUAUAGCUCUCAAACUCGCAAAAGGUGUACCACCUGCAAAGAUUUUGGAUUCAUACAGGAGCAAUAUUGAGAUCGAUAAACCAGAAAGAGUAGAUUUAAUUACCCCAAGAGACAUCAACAAAAUUAAGUACACGUUUAAAGUCAACGUUUCUGAUCUUUUGAACGUUGCAAAUGGAGACGAAAACGAAGAUAAAGCUGACACCGAUGUAGAUCGUGAUGUUAUUUUUUAUAAGAAACAAAAUACCGAACACCCGCUAUUGAAAUGUGAGGACAUUUGCAUAGUUCUCAUGAAUAAAUCUCAAGAAGUAAUGUUGAGACAGUUUGGAUCGAACAUCAUCGCUGUCGAUACAAGCAUUUACGAUACUUGCCUUGAAGUGACUACACUUUCUAUUGUCGAUGAAUUUAUGGAAGGGUUUCCGGUGACUUAUAUGUUUAGCAAUAGGAACGACGAUACAAUUUUGGAGAUUCUUUUCGAUGUCCUCAAAAAUAAAGUUGGUACUAUAGACUGUAAGAAUUUCAUCACAUAUCACAACACAACAACUUAUAGAGCUUGGAUGAAAGUGAUGACUACGAUAGAAACGAAACAUUUAUUCUGCUGUUGGUUUGUUCGCAAAGAUUGGAAAGAUAAUUUGAAAAAUCUUAACAUCAAAAAGAGGGAUAUUAUAUACAAAAGAUUAACAGCACUGCAACAAACUUUAGACGCGAGAAAAUUUGAUGAAAAUUUAGCCAAAGAAAUACAAUCGAUGCAAAUGGAUGAUGACACCAAAGAAUUCGCUAAUUAUUUCAUCGCCAAUUACUCUCAAAGCACGGAAAAAUGGGCAUAUUGUCAUCAAGAGAGCUGUGUAAUAAGUAACAACUUAGCAUCCCACUCGGAUCGAAUUCGUAAAAUUUUCAAAAACACCUACACAGAAGGUGAAAAUACAAUUUGCUUGGAUCAAGCGAUGCAAGCUUUGAUGAAAUUAGCCAGAGAUAAAACGGCAGAAAGGUGUAUAAAACUGUACAAAAGCAAUCCAUCGAAACAUAAGCAAACGACAAGUGAACGUCAUCAAAUUGCUCUUUCUGCUGCUUAUACAGUCGGAGUUGACGAUAUUUUUUUAGUACUCACCUCAGACAACACCGAAUAUUAUCUAAAAAGAGAUAAUAACCAUACAUGUUGCAACAUAAAAUGCUCGGAAUGUAACGUAUGUGUUCAGUGCUUUAUCUGCAGUUGUUCGGACUUUUUAAACAAGCACAUAAUUUGCGAACAUCUUCAUUAUAUUAAAAUGAAUGUGAUAUUUGAAGAUGUACAUGUAGACGUACCUUCUCAACAACAGGGCCAAGAUAUAAUUACAUCUGAAGAAACGUUCAUGACAAGUUUGGAAUCAUUCGAAGAUUAGUCGGUAAAUGUUCGAAUCGCGACAUUUUUGUAUGAAACAUAAGAAAACAGAAAAGUUUUGUUACAAAACAACUAAAUAUGUACUUAUGCUAUAAAUAUGAGCUCGGAAAAGUGGACAAAUUUCCUGAAAUUAACGGAAACACCUUCUUGGUUGUGAUC